AUGGUUGUACCAAAAAAGGGCUGCAGCCACGUGCAGCCUAUUCCCAGCACAAACUGUACCCAAUGCAUGCCCAAGGACAAGGCCAUUAAGAAAUUCGACAUUCGGAACAUAGUGGAGGCCACAGCAGUCAGGGACGUUUCUGAAGCAAGCGUCUUCGAAGCCUAUUUGCUUCCCGAACUGUAUGUGAAGCUACAUUACUGUGUGAGUUGCGCAAUUCACAGCAAAGUAGUCAGGAACCGAUCUCAUGAAGCCCGCAAGGAUCGAACACCCCCACCCUGA